AUGUUGAGCUGAGAAUGGCUGACCAAGAAAGGUUACUGAAAGAGUCAAUCAGUAGAUUGCAGGGAUGAAGCAAAAAGGUGAUUCCUUGGGGGGGAAAACUAAGGCAGCCAAGGCCGGAAAAGCUGGCUCAGUCAGCCUCAAUGAGGAGGAAACAAGUAUUUCCUUGAAGCUAUGUAAACGUCAAGGGAGCUGGGCACAUGUGUUCCCGUAAGCGUGCUUCCAGAAGCCACUAGCAGCGUUGACUGCAGGAGCUUGCACGGCCUCAGCUCCUCGCUUUCGUCGUCUGUUUGGACUGAUGUGGAUUGAGCUGCUUAUCUCCAGGAAUCCACUCAGACCAGAACCCAACCCAAGAGACCGAGAGAUCGACAUGCGGAGAUUUCUCUUCUUCCUUGCCGUAGGAGCCUGGGCUGUUACUCAAGGAGUCGCAGAGGAAGACUUUGUAACAAUUUGGCCAGAAAAUCCUGUGGUGGAAUUUGGAGGUUCUCUUGUGCUAAACUGCAGUGCCAGUUGUGAAAAUAUUGGCCUUGAGACCAUCUUCACAAGGGUUCCCAGUGGAAAUGGAUCUAACUGGAAAGCCUUUCGUCUCAGCAAUGUUAGUGACUGGGGACCCAGGCCCUUGUGCUAUGCUAGCUGUGGGAGUGGACAGAAGAAUUCUCCAAUGGCAAACAUUAUUAUUUAUAAACUUCCAGACAGUAUCACACUGGAUCAAAUUCCAAAGAUGGAGGUGGGCAAGCCAUAUGACUUGACGUGCCAGGUUUCUGGUGUAGCCCCCAUCCAGAACCUCACCGUCACCUUGCUGAAAGGGACAGAACAACUUCUGGCAAAGACCUUUGAGAAUCAUACAGCACCUGGGGUGGGUCGUGUUGUGGUGAAACAUACAAUAAUAGCUCAGCGAAAUGACCACAAGAAGACAGUCACCUGCCAAACAUCUCUAGAUCUGAAUCCAAGAGGACCACUGUUGAAAAACACUUCCCACAACAUGUCAUUAGAAAGUUUUGAUUUUGCAGGUACUCCCCAGCUCCAUGCUGGCCUGUUCUUAGAAGCUGGGACCAAGAUGACUGUGACAUGUAAUACAUCUGAGGUUUCCCCAGCCAAGGAGGCUGCGUUUGAUCUGUGGUUUGCAGGGAAGCCUCUGACCUUAAACACCAGGGUGACAGGGGGCGUAGCAAGCGCCCAGGCUGUGGUGAUCCCUUCCUCAGUUGGAGAACAUGAGUUGCUCUGCAAUAUCUCUCUGGGGCCAGUGACCAAAAACGUGAAGAAGAUGGUGAAUGUGUUUGGUGCGUCUCAUAUCUGUAACUGUUAACACAGAGAGAUUUAGAAGAGUGGGUUCCCUUCCAUCUGUUUGAACAAACGUAGAAGAAGUUAGAAGUUAAAUUGCCUUCUUUUGAAAAACAAAACUUCAGUAAUGGAUUGUAGUUGAAGUGAGAGCCCUUUGAAACCAAUGGAACUGAAGGGAUAAGUAAUUUAUCCUAGUUAUGUUUUCACUGAGACCCAAGAACAACUACUUUAGGGUGAACCAAAGCCAUAGUAUUCUUAUUCAAAUUACAUUUAAUAAUUUAUAAAUGUAUAAUUUAAUUUUAAUAUAUGGAGCUUAGGUCUGACAU